AUGCGGUUUCUCGGGUCAAUAUCCGAAGAGAUGGAAGAGCAUCUUUCACCCUCCGGACAUAUAGUUCGCAGCCCCGGGAAUCCAUCCAAGAUUCACAGCAUCGAAGCGAUUUUGGGAUUUAAAGACGAAAACGUUUUUCAUCCGUCGUUUUCUUCCAAUGUGUCAGCGAGACUUGGCAAAGAAACCGAGAAGAAAAGAAAUUCCAACAAGAUGCCGACCCUGAAAAAAGAGCAUGACUCUGAAAGUUUUGAAACAAGCGUAUGUUACACUCGAAGCUCUGGGGCUCCGAUGAGCCCUGCUUUACUCGAGGGGGAAAGCAGGUUGUCCGACGAGGAGAAUCCGAAGAAAAAACACCGGCGAAACAGAACGACAUUCACAACCUUCCAGUUGCAUGAGCUGGAAAGGGCUUUCGAAAAAUCGCACUAUCCUGACGUGUACAGCAGAGAAGAACUCGCUCUGAAGGUCAAUCUCCCAGAAGUCCGAGUACAGGUGUGGUUCCAGAACCGGAGAGCCAAGUGGAGGAGACAGGAGAAGCUGGAGGUGAGCUCCAUGAAGCUGCAGGACUCGCCAGUGCUCACCUUCAACCGCUCGCCGCAGCAGUCCUUCAACAGCAACCUGCCGCUGGAGCCGUGGCUGAGCCCCCCCAUGUCGACCUCCACCUCUCUGCAGUCCCUCCCGGGCUUCAUCAGCCCACCCCAGGGGCUCUCCAGCAGCUACACCCCCCCGCCCUUCCUCAACUCCCCCUCCAUCGGACACAGCCUGCCGCACAUAGGCACCAUGUGCCCUCCGCCCCCUUACCAGUGCGCGAGCUUCAUGGACAAGUUUUCCCUGGAGGAGUCGGACCCCCGGAACUCCAGCAUUGCGUCUCUGAGGAUGAAGGCCAAGGAGCACAUCCAGUCCAUCGGGAAGACGUGGUAG